AUGCGGAGCCAGAGGGGGGGCUCAGAGGGCACGCCAGGCAACCGCAGGGGCUGCCCAAGCCCUGCUGGGCCUCCCCUCUCCGGCUCCCCGAAAGGAGUUUUGUGCCCCUCGCCGAGGGACACCCUCAGAUCCUCCAACGCCCUUCACUUGACAUCCACGCCAAAGACCGGCGCGGGGAAGAGACGCGUCGCCCCAUCCCCACGUGCGACCGGGCGACAAGGGCAGCGGGUCAAAGGCGCGGGCAGAGCUGGCCUCGCCGCCCCCAAAGUUGCCGGCAAAGUUGCCCGCCGCUCCCCGGAGGGAGGCAGGCUGGCGCCCCGAGCCGCGGCACCUGUUGCAGGCGGCGGCCGCGCUCCGCUCUCGGCGCCCGGCCGCCCGGCCGCCCCCCGUGUCCCGCUCGCCCCUCCCGGCGCAACUCGCCCGCCGGCCGCCUCACCUGCAUGUGUCCCGGGUACAUUCUGCGCCGCCGCCUUCAGGGAGCCCCCGAGGCCGACCGAUCGCGGGCGGUCGGGGCAGCUGGGCGCGCGCGCGCCUCUUCCCCGCCUGCAAGAAAGGGAAAGAAGGCGCGGAGUCCGGCGCGCCGAAGGCGAGGAGUUGGCGCCGGGGCUGCUGCCGCCCGCUGACCUCCCGCGCCUGCUGCUCCUGCUGCCGGGGCUCUUCUCUUGCGCGCAGAGGCGUGCCAGCAGGCGCCGCGGAGCCCGAAGCAGCGCUCGUCCCGGCUGCAAUGCCAAGCAAGGGCUGCGCGCCGCCUCGGCUGCCGCGCUCCGUCUGGGGCCAACUCUUGCCGGCGCCCUCCGCGGCUCCUUCCCGGCUCUUCCCCUCCGCCGAGACCCCUCCUCCCGCCGCGGCUGGCCGGCGCCGGGGCCUCCCCCUCCCUCCCUCCCUCCGGCCCUCCCUCCGCCGGCACGGGAGCGCGCGCCAUCCGGGGCUCGUCCGUCAGGCUGGCGCGCGCUCGGCCAGUGGCGGCGGCGGCGGCUGCUGCUGCUGCUGCUGCAGGGUUGCAACGCCCGGCCUGCUCGGAGGAGCGAGAAUGAUCGGGCAGCGCCUCUCUCUGCCGCCCCUAGCCCCCGGGACCGCGAAGGAGCCGCGUCGCUGCGCAGCCAGGCCACGCGAGGCGCGCAGAGCCCCCGGCAGAGCGACCGUCCUCUUGCUCCUCUGACAUUGGAGAGCCGCUUGGCUUCCGCCCUGGCUGAGGCUGCCAACCUACUGGGAAACCGGCUGGUCAGCACCUGA